UAGCAACUACUUUUUUGUCUAAAUUUCCUGCCCGCAUAAAUUUUUGAAAAGUACAAAUCUUAUGUAUACUUUAGCACAACCUGUACGAAGUGCUGGUUCACUGCUCUCGAGACUUCACUCGAACGAUGGGACUGUAUUUUGACAAUUGUAUUUAACACUUGAUAGGAUAUUUACAGUGGUUUGUGAACGAUUUGUGAUACGGAGUUCCAAACAUUGGUUCUUUGCGACACAAAUUUGUUAUUGAAACGUUGAGAUUACGGCCAACCGUCAAUCUUUAAACUUGAAACUUAUUCCAACGCUAUCGCCUCCUGCGAUACGACUUCUAACUUAUCACUUUUGUACGUCUAACAACGUCUGUUUUGCCGAAUGCCGAACCAACGCUUGCAAGCUCUUAUUUAUAUUAUAAUUAUUAGGACAUAAUAACUAUAGUUUAACUUUAAUUUAUAGUUUUUAAAACAACAUUAAAAACUGAAGUCAUGAAGAAAUUUGCAAACAAACAGGUUUCUUCUAAAACAAUCGGUAAUUCGUCAACAUCAAAACCCAAGGUCAACGAUGUAAAUGACAAAAAAACUAAAUCCAUCAUUAAAAGAAAGUCCAUCAAAUAUAACUGCAAAGCUCUGAAAAAGACUUCUUUAAGACGAUCAUUAAGAAAGUCAUCCAUAAAGAUUUAUACAGACGAAGAUGUACCUGAUGAUGAUCUUAACAUUUUACAUCAAUGGAAGGGAACAUCAAAUGCUACGAAGACACUUCCAAAAGAUUUGUACAUAAAUACCUCUACAAUCCCCAACGCAGGCAGAGGAGAGGUACUUUCGCUUAAAGACGCAGAGGAUGGAAGAGAUCCUGCGUAUAUGUGGGAGAUUGUACAAGGAGGAAAGGUUGUAUAUUGUAUUGAUGGUAAGGACCUUGCUCAAGGUAAUUGGAUGAGAUUUGUGAAUUGUGCAAGAUUUGAAGAAGAACAAAAUAUAAUUGCAUAUCAAUAUAAUGGAGAAAUUUACUACCGAGUUUAUAAAGAGAUUGAAGCCGAUAAAGAAUUCCUUGUUUGGUAUGGAGAUGAGUAUGCUGAACAGUUGGGAAUAUCGUUGUUUGAUGAGGAAGAUAAUGACAAUCAUCAGUUUGAAGUUGGAGGUCACAGCUGUAGACACUGUGGAAGGAUGUAUACUUAUCCCGAUUAUUUAGAGAAUCAUUUAAAACGAUGUCCAAUGCUUGUUUGUACGAAUCCCUGGGAAUGUCCACGUUGUGGUCGAAAGUACAGUAGUGAAGACUAUCUAAAUGCUCACAUGAAAAAUGAAUGCGGAAAAAAUACACGAUUAAAACGACAUGUGAGUGUUCAAACUGGAGAGAAGCCUUACAAAUGUGAACAUUGUGGUAAAAGAUUUACACAGCUUGGUCACUUAAAACGUCAUGGUAUUAUACAUACUGGAGACAAACCUUACCAAUGUGAAAAUUGUGGUAAAAGAUUUACACAGCUUGGUCACUUAAAACGUCAUGGUUUAAGAACAAUGAACAUUCUAAGGAACAUUCGUAAUAAUGACAAAAUCAUUGUUCUUAAACCUGACAAAGGCAAUGGUGUAGUCAUUAUGGAUCGUCAGGAAAUAAAGAUGAUAUCAAACUCAACAAAAGCGUUUCUUGGGACUCUUAUAAUCCUGUCUAUUAGUGGCCAAAUAGUAAAUGGUAAUGACGACAUAUCAAUCUGCAAGAAAAGCUUAGAGAGAUUAAAAGACAUUGUGAAAGAAUGGAUGGAAACUUGCGUUGAUAAAAAUGGCAAUGACGAUAACACAAUUGCAUGCAAGGAAGUGAAACAAUACAACAAAGAAAUGAUGCAAAUGCAAACAGAAAUGUGUUUCUACAAAGAUGUUUAUCCAAAGCCAUAUUUGAUUAUUAUGAGCUUCGAUAAAGUAUACUCUGUCGAUUCUAUUACUGGAGAUAUUCAUGUCAGCACUAUUAAUGGAUCCAGUAAGAAUAAAUUUGACCAUGCAUCAAAAUAUAAUGACAUAGAAAUUGAUGUAGUUGAGAAUGUGCUUUACUACAUUGAUGACAAAGACAUCAAACGGGGAAAUUUUGACUUAACUAGAAACGAAGUUUUUGCGAAAAAUGUUUCUGUUCAUGAUAUUACAGUUGACUGGAUUGGUCGUCGUAUCUUUUACAUUGACUCCACGAACAUUAUCUACCAAAUUCAUUUGAAAAAGAAAAUUACAAGUGUUAUGAGGCUUCAACCAGGCUUACAAUUUUCCAGCAUUGCAUUUGACUCAAAACAUGGGUAUCUAUUCUUGGCAGAAAGUACAGAACGUUUCUUAUGGUUAUGGAACAAAACUGCAAAUAAACAUCAUAUUCUUUCAGUUUCACUUCAGUCAAUAGCAUAUGAUCUAACGCUUGACAUGGCUAAAAAGAAGAUUUAUUGGCGGGUUUCAAACGGAAAUGUUUUUUCUUGUGAUUACUACUCCCAUGAUGUAAAUGAUUUUGGAACUUCAGGAGGUCCCAUGGCAGUAUUUGGGGAUUUUAUUUAUAUCAUAACUAGUGUCGGACGAAGUGUCGUUAGUGUCCAUAACACAACAGAUCAACGUACGAGGCGUAAAUAUUUUCUUCCUGUAAACAACGGUUAUCUUGAUUUGGCUGUAGCUAUGCACACCAAAUCAAGAUAUAACAACAGUAUUACUCCUGACUCAAACGCGACAAACACUUUUCGACUUCCUCUAUGUGGACCAAACACUUACUAUCGUAAAAUUAAUGGAUCAUUAAACUGCACGUGUAUGAAAGGAUACUCAGGAGAAUGUAACUCGUGCCAGGUUACCAACCCUGUUAGACUUCGGGGACCAGAAAUUUCUAUUGGCAAAGGUCGUGUAGAAGUAUUUUACAAUGGAGAAUGGGGAACAAUUUGUGAUGAUGGCUGGGAUUUAAACGAUGCUAAAGUUGUUUGUCGACAACUUGGUUAUGACAAUGCUGUCAGGGCUUUACUAGGAGGUGAUGUUCCUUAUGGCAGAGGAAGAAUAUGGUUAGAUGAUGUUUCUUGUGCAGGAAAUGAAAAUAUUAUUUCGAGUUGUUCACAUGAAGGAUGGGGAUUACAUGAUUGUAUACAUGAUGAAGAUGCUGGUGUACAAUGUUCAGUAGUUAACAGCUCUGUUAGACUUUGGGGACCAGAAAGUUCUAUUGGCAGAGGUCGUGUGGAUGUAUUUUACAAUGGAGAAUGGGGAACAAUUUGUGAUGAUGGCUGGGAUUUAAACGAUGCUAAAGUUGUUUGUCGACAACUUGGUUAUGACUAUGCUGGCAGGGCUUUACUAGGAGGUAAUGUUCCACAUGGCAGUGGAAGAAUAUGGUUAGACGAAGUUCGUUGUGUAGGAAAUGAAAAUAAUAUUUCCAGUUGUUCACAUAGUGGAUGGGGAUCACAUAAUUGUACACAUGAUGAAGAUGCUGGUGUACAAUAUAAUAAACUGAAUUAUUUGAAGGAUCCUCAAUGA